UGUUCGGUAAGAAGGAAGUCCAUUCUUCCUUCCUCAACAGUUUUCAUAUAACCUUUCUCUCUCCACUGGUGAGAGAGCGAAUCGUUCGUUUAGAGGAGUAUAAUGGGUUCUAACAGCUCAAAAAAUACAAAACCCUCCCUUGUGGGUUCCACUGUAGGUUCCAGAGACAGGAGGAUUGUUCUGUUGGGAAAAACAGGUGCUGGAAAGAGCAGCACAGGAAACACCAUAUUUGGUCAGGAGAAAGUGUUUGAUACAUCCUGUUCCCCUAAUAUCGUAACAGAAAAAUGUAAACAUGUGGCCAAGAUCAUUGAGGGAAGAAACGUCACUUUGAUCGACACACCAGGUUUCUUUGACACCAGGAUCUCUGAAAAGGAUGAGCUGAAACCUGAAAUAAUUAAUUGUAUGACAGAGUGUGCCGAAGGUGUUCAUGCAUUCCUAAUUGUGCUCAAACUGGAGAGAUUUACUGUUCAUGAGAGAGAAAUCUGUACAAAAAUCCAACAAUCAUUUUCAGAUGAAGCUUUCAAAUAUGCCACAGUCCUUUUCACUCAUGGCUGUCAACUCAAAGGCAAAACUAUUAAAGAUUUUGUGGAAGAAAGUAAAGAACUGCAUGGACUGGUGCAGAAGUGUGGAGGUCGCUGUCAUGUCAUCGACAAUGAGCACUGGAACCAGGGUCAGUUGUUCAAGAAAAGAAGAAACAAGUUCCAUGUUUCAGAGCUACUGAAGACCAUCGACCAGAUGGUGGAGCAGAACGGAGGAGGCUGCUACACCAAUAAGAUGCUCCAGGAAGUGCAGGAGGACAUACAAGCAGAGGGAAAUACAAUAAGAGAGAAGUCAGGUGGUGAACUGUCUGAUAAGGAGAUUGACAGACAGGCUAAGGAAAGAGUCCAAAGUAAGUUAUUUGUCAAAUUGGCUGGCAUAGCGACAGGAUUCUUGGUGGGAGCUCUGCUUGGAGCAGCACUACCCUUCAUAGUAGGAGGAGCAGCAGCAGGAGCAGUAGCUGCAGGAGCAGCAGGAGGAGCAGCAGCAGGAGCAGCAGCAGGAGCAGUAGCUGCAGGAGCAGCAGGAGCAGCAGCAGCAGCAGGAGGAGCAGCAGGAGCAGCAGGAGGAGCAGCAGGAGGAGCAGUAGCAGCAGGAGGAGCAGUAGCAGCAGGAGGGUUAGGUAUAGGGGCAGCAGUUAUAGUAGGAGCAGGAGCACUAUUAGGAGGAAUAGCAGGAGGGAUAGUUGGGGCUGAUGCAGUUGAUGAACAAUUUACGGUAUUAGCAGCAGCAGGAGCAGCAGCUACAGCAGUCUAUAACAAAGGUAUGGCUGCAGAUCGGUGCAGAUCAUUCUCUUUACCCAAACCAUGGUUUGGGGGUAAAGUGAAUGAUCUGGUACAGGAGUCUUCUAAGCUGAAAUCUUAAUGAGAACAUUGUUCUGAAAAUGUCUCACAGAAUAUAGGUUAGACUGGAAUAUAAAGAAGGAAACAUAAUUGUAUUUAGAGAUUACAAUAUAUUUGCUUUAAUUGCGUUAAGAUUUUUGCUAAACUGUUUGUGUAUCUUUGAUAUAUAUAUACUAUAGUGAGGAACAAAUCAGAGAAAGUUGAACAUAAUUCCCUCGACCAGAGACGGAUGGUGACAGAGAGGUGCAGAAUAAAAUCUGCAAGUUGAAACUGAAUUAUUUCUAAUUGUAAAUCAUACAAUGCAUUAACUGAUUAUUAAAAAUGUUCAUGCUUUUGUUUUGGUUAAGCAAUAA